AUGGACCAGCAACGCUUUUUGCAGCAGCUGCAGAUCAUUCUGGACCCCUCCCUGGGAAACCUGAAGGAGGCGACCGGAGUUCUGCAGAAGGAAUUCUACAACAAACCCGAGUCUCUGGUCUUCCUGAUUCAGAUCUGCACCACCCACGAUGAUCAGAAUCUGCGCCAGCUCGCUUCCGUCGAGUCCCGUACCCUCGUCUCCAAGCUUUGGUUGAAGGUUGGCGCCGACCAGAAGCCCCAGAUCCGCGAACAGCUGCUUCGCUCCACUAUGGGUGAGAGCUCUUCUCUCGUCCAGCACUCCAUUGCUCAGAUCAUCUCUGCCAUUGCCAAGAUUGAUCUCGUCGAUGGGGAGUGGGCUGAUCUGCCCAACCUGCUUCUGCAGGCUGGUAACGGUGGCAACGCUGCUGAGCGUGCCGUCGCCAUCUACAUUCUUUUCACUAUCCUGGACACCAUUGGUGAAGGAUUUGAGGAGAAGUUCGGCGAGCUCUUCGCUCUCUUCGGCAAGACCAUCCAGGACCCCGAAAGUGCCGAGGUGCGCAUCAACACUCUUAUGUCAUUGGGCAAGCUUGCUAGCCACCUUGACUCUGAGGAGGAUGAGGCCCCUGUCAAGGCUUUCCAGCAGCUCGUUCCCGCUGCCGUCGCUAUUCUCAAGGACUCCAUUGAGAAGAACGACGAGGACCACGUUCUUCAGUGCUUCGAAGUCUUCCAGAACCUUCUUGGCUUCGACCCUGCUUUGCUCACUGUCCACCUCAAGGACCUGGUGAUCCUGAUGAACCAGAUCGCCGCCAACACUGAGGUCGAUGAGGAUGUCCGCACUCAGGCCAUCAGCUUCCUGAUGCAGACCAUCCAGUACCGCAAGCUCAAGGUUCAGGGCAUGCGCGUUGGUGAGGACCUCACCCGCACUGCUCUCCAGAUCGUCACUGAGCUCGGCGAUGUCGCUAUCGGUGAUGACGAUAUCACCCCUGCCCGCUCCGCCCUCGGUCUCCUUGACAUCCUCUCCCAGAGCCUGCCCCCUAGCCAGGUCGUUGUUCCCCUGCUCAACUCUCUGGGCCAGUACUUCAACAGCACCAACCCUGACUACCGCCGUGCCGGUAUCAUGGCUCUCGGCAUGUGUGUUGAGGGUGCCCCCGACUUCAUCAGCACCCAGAUGAAGGAGAUCUUCCCCAUGGUCCUCCAGCUCCUUGCCGACCAGGACCCCAAGGUCCGCCAGGCUUCUCUGCACUCCGUUGCUCGCCUCGCCGAGGAUCUCGUUGAGGACCUCAGCGCUGAGCACGCUCGUCUCAUGCCCCUCCUCUUCCAGAACUUGGCUUCCGCCAUGCAGGAGUACAAGGGUGAGGAAGAUGGUCCCAUUCUUGACAUCAUCAAGGCUGGUAUCAGCGCUAUUGAUGCCGUUGUUGAUGGUCUGGAUGAGAAGGACGUCGCUCCUUACCAGGCUGAGCUUGUGCCCAUCCUUCACAACCUCUUCAAGCACCCUGAUUUCAAGAUCAAGGCCCUCGCUGCCGGUGCUCUUGGAUCCCUCGCCUCCUCUGCUGGCGACUCUUUCCUCUCCUUCUUCGACGAGUCCAUGCACCUCCUCCAGGAGUUCGCUGCCGUCAAGGACUCCGAGGAUGAGCUUGACCUCCGCGCUAGCGUCACUGACUCCAUGGGUGAGAUGGCUGCUGCCGCUGGUCCCGAGCGUUACCAGCAGUACGUUGAGCCCCUCAUGCGUGCUACCGAGGAGGCCCUCCACCUCGGUCACUCUCGCCUCAAGGAGAGCACCUACAUCUUCUGGGGUGCCAUGGCUAAGGUCUACGGCGAGCACUUCUCUCCUUUCCUCGAGGGUGUCGUGCAGGGUCUCUUCGACUGCAUUGAGCAGGACGAGAAUGAUCUCGACGUCGACCUCGGCAGCGCUGCCAAGGAUCUUGUUGGCCAGGAGGUCACCUUCAACGGCCGCAAGGUCAAGGUUGCAAGCGCCGACGACGAAGACGAUGGAGACAUCGAGGACGUCGAUCUUGACGAUGAGGAUGAGUGGGACGACAUCACCGCCACUACCCCCUUGUCUCUUGAGAAGGAGAUUGCUGUUGAGGUUAUUGGUGAUCUCGUCACCCACACCCGCAGCUCUUUCCUCCCAUACUUCGAGAAGACCAUCGAGCACGUUAUGCCCCUCUGUGAGCACCCCUACGAGGGUGUUCGCAAGAGCACCAUCAGCACUCUUCACCGCUCUUACGCCAUGCUCUUCACCAUCGCUGAGGAGACUGGCCAGAUGGCCAAGUGGCAGCCUGGUCUUCCCCUUCAGGUCCAGCCCGCGAAGGAGGUCCAGAAGUUCGGUGAGAUCCUCAUGACCGCCACUGUCAAGAUGUGGACUGAGGAAGACGACCGUUCUACCGUCGCGGAUAUCAACCGCAACAUGGCUGAGAACCUGCGCUUCUGCGGCCCCGCUCUUAUCUCCAGCGAGACCAUGCUUCACAAUGUCAUCACCAUGGUCGGUGACAUCAUCACCAAGCAGCACAUCUGCCAGGUCGAGUUCGGCCCUGAGGAUGAGGCUCUCGAGGCUGGUGAUGAGACUUCAGAGUUUGACUGGAUUGUCGUUGACACCGCCCUUGACGUUGUCUCCGGUCUGGCUGCCGCUCUCGGCCAGAGCUUCGCUGAGCUCUGGAAGGUCUUCGAGAAGACUAUCCUCCGCUACGCCGGUAGCAGCGAGUCCCUCGAGCGCGCCACUGCUGUCGGUGUUCUCGCUGAGUGCAUCAAUGGAAUGGGUGCCGCCCUCCUCCUUCACCGUCUUGCCGAUGAGGACCCCCAGACCAAGUCCAACGCCGCCUACGCCGUUGGUCGUCUGAUUCAGCACUCCAACGCUGAGGCCGAGAUCGCCAAGGAGAUCCCCACUAUCCUCAGCCGUCUCGAGUCUUGCCUCCAGAUGGAUGUCUCCCGUCUUCAGGACAACGCCACUGGCUGCGUCAGCCGCAUGAUCCUGCGCUACCGCGACAGUGUCCCCGUCAAGGACGUUUUGCCCGCCCUUGUCAACAUUCUUCCCCUGAAGAAUGACUUCGAGGAGAACGAGCCCCUUUACCGUAUGAUCUGCCAGAUGUACAAGUGGGAGGAUGCCACCAUUCGCGAGCUCACUCCUUCCCUCCUUCCCGUCUUCCAAGCCGUCCUUACCGGCGAUGAGGACCAGUUGGAGGAUGAGCGCCGGGCUGAGCUCAUUGAGCUCGUCAAGUGGCUCAACCAGAUGCAAGCUGGUAGCGCUCCCUGGGUGGAGCAGCUGUAA